AUGCCUUCUGACCACGUGUGGGCCAGCCCUCGUAGCCAUCACAGUCCCAGCCCAUCCGUGACAGCGGUCGACUUGAUUGUCAGCUCUGCGGAUGAUGCAUCGCCGCAGCAGAUUCGCAACUCGCAGGAGAUGCAGUUGGGCAACCUGCACGAUGCCCUGUCUAACGAAGACUCCCCUGACGACCUCGAUGCAGAUGACACGUCCCAAGACAGGGAUAGUGGCUCCCGCUCUCCGGCAGUAAUGGAGCCGAGGCACUCAGAAGCCCACGGCAAGGGGGAGGAGCCUGCAAUGGAGAUGAAAGUGCUUGAAACUGGCAUGUUGUUCACCGAGGGCCUUUUGGAGGACGACGCCUUUGGCUUGGGCACUGGCUACCGGCCAGAGGAUGGUCACCUUAGUAUAUCCACUGCCUUUGAGACCACCUUUGACCUGGAGGCUUCCACCAAGGACGCCUCGCCAGCAAGGAGCGAGGGACUUGACGGUCACGUCAUGCAGAAGGCAGAAAUGUUCACAACCCGAGAUGCCGAAGCCCAGACUGACCAGGAAGUGAAGGAGGUUCAUUCGGCUCCUCUUGGAGCCCCAAGUCUUGCUCCGCGUGCCACAAUGCUUUCAAAGCAGGGGCUACAGCGUGGUCCCGUUGUUCCAGCGAGGGACGCAAACCUGGACGUCCCUAUUCGAAGAGCAACAUCACCAGCACGGAGUCUGGCAGCUGCAGUAACGAUCCCGGUGUCCGCAGACAGCCUGGUGAACUCGGGUAAAGACGAGCUCCAAGCUGAGAGAGAGCUUUGCCAGCGCGAGUCCAUCGCCGCAGCUUCCCUGGAGGCACAGCUCAUCGCAGAGUGCCGGCGGGAAAGUCGUGUCGAGAGCGAGGCCACGGAGCAGCAGGCAGCCAUACAGCGAGCGGAAGCGGAGACACGAAUGCAGCUGGAAUCUGCUCGGCAGCUGCGCAUUGAGGCUUUCAAAGCGGCGCAAGAGGCGUCGGAAUCAUCUGAGGCAGCUUUCGUGCUGAGUGAGUGCAAGGCUGCGCUGGAGGAACAUGACGCAGACGAAGAACGACAAAGUGAGCUGACAGAAGAGAACUCCGAAAUCGAAGCGGCUCUUGCCGCGGAGACGGCCAUUGUUCAGGAGUUGCGGAGCCUCUGCACUACGGAGUCGAAAUGCUACAGCCUUGCCAUGCAUGAGUGUGAUACCUUGCGACGGGAGCUCCAUGACCUCACGCGUAUUCUGCCUGCACAGCCCAGUCAGGCCACGGUGACUGGAUACUCACCGGUAAGCCCGGCAGCAAGUGGACGGCUGUCGAUUCCGAGCAAGCCCUCUACACCAUCCAGCGCAGCAAGAUGA